AUGAGGAAUAAACCACAGACGCUAUGGGCAGCGGAAGUUAUCCAGGCCACAAAAGUAGCACCCACAAUCUGGCCCUUGGUAUUUGCCGCCGUGGUAGGCAGCAUGCUCAAGGCCAAGGCCCAUGAGAGGGCUCAGCAUGGUACCACCAUAGGCGUGCUUGAGCAACUGCUCGGCAGCCAGACGGUGUUUGGUGCCAUGAAAUCUGCUUAUAUAUUGCGCUUAUUUGGCCUUUCAACACUCUGUCUCUUUCUUCUGUGGAGCCUCAAUCCGGUUGGGGGCCAAGCAGUUCUUCGUGCUAUCACUUUGGAACCAACCUUCGCCGAGGAGAAUGUGGACAUCAAAUAUAUGGUAUCUGAUCCUCGAGUAACUCCGUGGUACGAGGCAUUUCAGGGUGCAUCGUCAUACACCAUGUAUCGUCCACUGGUUUCGACAUUAUUCGGAGCAGCGUUGUUCUCGCCCGAUGCAGCCCUGCAGUACUCCAAUGGCACGAGUUCCGGCUCUAGCUUUGCCAACAUUGUCGCACAGCUUGGAGGCAUUGAUUCAGCGAUUACAAGGUCAACAACAGACUCCUGGGGAAAUGUUCGAAUCCCAGCGCUCCACCUGCUUCCAGCCUUUAAUCCAGCCGACCCCCAAAGAUGGAUUGAAGUGCCUACGGAUGAAAUUCCCCCAUAUGAGUCCAUCAUCGGAGUUCCCCUUCGGCAACUCCCUUCCAGGGGAGUGGGAAAUCUGAGCUUCACGCUAGAAACCAACUAUCAUGUGUUACAUUGCUCUGAUUGGAUUAUCCUCUCCGGAGCCAACGAAACGGCUUGGUUCCAGCAGUUUGGGCCCACGUAUCAGUUAUACAAUGCAUCCGAAAGUCCAUUCUCUAUGAUAUCUACGGGGUUCUUUUUCGCCACUCCGGAGAUGAACUCAGAUCGGUCACAGAUAUUUCAGGAUAACGAUACCGCUUCGUCCGCAGAUGCCAGGCAAAUCCUUUUUGGAUCUCGGGGUUAUGGUUCAACACCGGAACAAGAUAUAACUGAUUCUUUGACGGUUUGCAAUCUCACGAUGCAAUAUCUCGAAGUUGAAAUCAGCUGCUCCCGACACACCGACAAUGGCCAAUUGGCAUGUGUGGCAACAGCGGUUCGGGCGUCGCAGCUGCCGCACAUAUCCUCCAAUUUGACCGAGUUUGACUACGUUCCCUCCGAAAUGUAUCUCAAACUAGACGCCAUUUCGCUCAUCUUCGGAAGUCAACAUGUUACAACAUCCACUCCUCAAGAAGUCUUUAUGUAUGAUCCCACCACGGCUUUCACCAGUGAAGCACUCCUUGAAUAUGCUGUUACGAUGCAUGAAAUCCCUAUUGAGGUCUUCGAAAAGAGACUAGCCUUGGUUUUCAACACCUUCUUGCGAUCGACAAUAGCCCCUCCAAUCAUCACUGGCGGAAGCAUCGACAAUACAUACCAGGACAAAUCGAUCAUGACCAAGACUAGUGCGAGUUGGCGAUACGUGACGCCGCAGGUAUACCGGCUCCACAUUGGUUGGCUCGUGCCAUACCUUGCUGCCGUCGUUGUGCUUUGUGCCUGCGCGAUUGUCACUAUCGCAGUGCGAUUUUGGUUACAGGUCCCGGAAGUCCUUGGAAAUGUUUCAACCCUUACCAGGGACUCUCCAUUUAUAAACACCGAGAGCGCUGCAAGCGUACUCGAAGGCGAUGAAAGGGGAAGACUGCUUAAAGAUUAUUGGAUUCGACUUCAAGAUAUUCAGCCCGAAGCCCCGUUCGGGAGAAUUGCGUUCAGCUCGGACAAGUCAAUUUCGAUGUUCCCUCUUCAGAAGGAGAGACUUUACUUGUAG